AUGGAGACAUCCGCCCCACUCCGAGAUAGGCCUGACCUUGCAAACCCCGUAGAUACCGAAGUUCGGGUCCAUAUUCCAGUCCGGGCUCUACAAAAUGUAAAAAUGGUAGCGGACAAUAAGCCUCAUUUGUGGAAAGACUAUGCGCCAAGCGAGGUACUAUCUGCCGUCGUUACACCAAAAGAUGCCUGCAAGGCGGGGCGGGUACAAAGCCCCAUGCGGAGUUCGAGGAUAAUUCGUGCAUUGCAGCACAUUAGGGUCGAACUACGUCUCCUCUUACCGCCUACCCGCGAUCUUGCUGCAGAUGUUACUUUCGGCACGGGAUUUGACUGCCCUCAACAAGCUGCCAUACAGUCCAACUUCCCAGGCUUUACUACUCAAGCGAGGACUAUACUCAAUCUCUCUACUGUGAGUGCCGGAACGCAGCGAAGUGAUGAUUGCCUCAUCUUGAACAUAUGGUCUAAGCCGAGUAAUAAGUCGGCUGAGAAUAAGAAGCCUGUUUUCGUCUUAUUCCAUGGCGGCCGUUUUGCAGGCGACAAUACAAAUACUCUCUUUGCCAACGGCCAAUACCUUGUAAAUAACACCGACAUCAUCGUCGUCUCAGUAAACUACCGCCUCAACAUCUUCGGCUUUCCCGGCGGCCCAAACACAGACACCAACCUCGGACUCCGUGACCAACACAACGAAACAGUCCUCAGCCCCAGCGCAUAUCUCUCCCUCGCUUCGACGGGGAAAUUCGCACCUCUCCCGUAUUUUCGCGGCCACAACGAUAACGAACAGGGAUACUACGCCAUUCCAGCUUUCGCCCAAGGCCGCAACGUCACGGCCGAGCAAGCGCGAAAGUUUCUGCUGGAAUCAUUCGUUUGUCCUGUUUCCUACGUAGCGCGAGCGAGGGUUGCGGCGGGUGUCAAGACGUGGUUGUUUAGGUACUUUGGGGACUGGGAGGAUACGAGACUUUAUCCUGGAUCUGGGGCGUAUCAUGGGUCCGAGUUACAUAUGGUGCUGGGUGGAGCCGAGGAUGCAAGUGGGCUGGGUAUGGAGAAGGCACAAAGGGACAUGGUGGGGGUCGUGCAGAGGGCUUGA